CUAUAAUAAUUAUUAUACUAUGACCAACAGUGAAACCCAUAGCUUUUCAGCCAAAUUUCUUCUUUUACCCCUCUAAAAUGUAUUAUUGGUAGCUUUUGUUUCUUUAGCUAUUGUUAGUCGGAGAAUCGGAUUAGCAUUCCAUUUGUGGCAUUAUGUUAGUCUACUAAGUAUCUUGUUGUUUUUUCUCUUUUUUGGUAAAAUUCGAUUUUUUUAGCUUAUUUGACCUGUCUUUCCUAAUUUAGACUGGAUUAUAUUUAUAUUUUACACCGCAUAAUGACGAAAUAAUUAAUAUAUAAUUUUGACAACAUUUUAUUAUUUACUUUUAAAUUUUCAGUACUUCUAAUUCUUAGAAUUAACAAAUCUAUAAAGCUUAUAAUUUGUCAGACGCAAAUCAAAAACUUAUAAAAGGUUAUUUUAAUUUUUCAUUAUUUUUUUUUUCUGGAGAGGCUUCCAGUACGUCUCAGACCAAAAGAAAAACAAUGUGCUGUAUCUGCCUUACUCCCCAACCAGUCUAUUUCUUUCCCCUGUGAUCUGCUUCAAUUCUGCUUUUUCCAAAUCACGUCUUAUAUUUUUACAUAAUCUAUUAUUAUUAUUAUUAUUAUUUUAUAAUGAAAAAUUGAAAAUUUAUAAUUUUAGUAUGACGAUAAAUACAUCUAUUUUAACAUACAAGUCCUAUUUAAACUAAAAAAUGAAAACAUUUUUCUUUUACAAAAAAAAAAAAAGAAAAAAAGACGUGGUCCGGGUCUAUCAUGAACCAAGAGGACCCCGCAAAAAUGGACCUGGUCAGGCAAGAAUGACCCGAUUAGGAAAAUCUCACCUGGCAGCUAACUUUACUGCCAAAAAAUUACUCCACUCAUUUCAUAGUAUCUAUAAAAACAGGCAGCUAGAGUUACUGACCAACUCAAGGAAAAAAAGACCAAUGGACAACUCUCUCCCUCUCCACAGCAAGAAUGUCCACAAGCUUUUCAUUCUCAUAAACAGGUCUCAUGCAUUUAUGCAUUGUAUCGCUAUAUCUUUCUUGAUUCACUAUAGAACAUCCUUUCUCUUUCAAGACCCUAAAACCGUAGUCACAUCUGUACCAUGGCUUCUCGUGUUUUUCUCUGAAAUUCUUCUUUUCUUUGCCUGGCUGCUUGGCCUGGCUCAUAGAUGGAGACCUAUUUCUCGAACAGUAUUUCCUGAAAGGUUACCUGAAGAUAGAAAACUUCCUGGGCUUGAUGUGUUUAUAUGCACUGCGGACCCAAAUAAAGAGCCAACUUUUGAGGUUAUGAACACAGUUUUAUCAGCUAUGGCAUUGGAUUAUCCUGCCGAGAAGCUACAUGUUUAUUUAUCAGAUGAUGGUGGUGCUGCUAUAACUUUGCAUGGCAUGAAGGAGGCUUGGAAAUUUGCAAAAUGGUGGCUUCCAUUUUGCAGGAGACAUGGAAUCAAGACAAGGUGCCCUAAAGCUUACUUUUCAGCUGCUGAUGAUAUGUAUGAUAGUACACCUGAGUUCAUAGCUGACAGGGAAAAGAUCAAGGAAAAAUAUGAGAAAUUCAAGGAAAGUACAAUGAGAGCCACAGCAAAUGGUUGCCCGGAAGGGAUGGGCAAUGCAAACAGUCGAGAUCACUCGGCUGCUGUUGAGAUGAUAAAUGAGAGUGAGCAAGAAGACUAUGUUGAGAUGCCCCUAGUGGUUUAUGUUUCUCGAGAGAAAAGGCCCUCCUAUUCUCACAAUUUCAAAGCUGGAGCUCUUAACGUCCUGCUUAGGGUGUCGGGUGUAGUAAGCAAUUCACCAUACAUACUAGUGCUAGAUUGUGACACGUACUCCAAUGAUCCAACUUCGGCUAGGCAAGCAAUGUGUUUCCACCUUGAUCCAAAGAUCUCUUCCUCUCUAGCAUUCGUUCAGUUCCCUCAACUGUUCCAUAAUAUCAAUGCAAAUGAUAUAUAUGACAGUGAAAUCAGAAACAAUUUCAGGUUAUGUUUGUAUGGUAUGGAUGGACUAGAGGGUCCAUGCAUGUGUGGUUCAAACUUAUAUGUCAAGAGAGAGGCAUUAUACGACAGGAGAAACAUUCAUAAUGUUGGGGAUCUGAGGCAGCUCAAAAACUCUUUCGGUACUUCUAAUGAGUUCAUCAAGUCCUUGAAACCAGAUUACAAGCCUAGUAGCAUGAGAAGGGAAGGAGAAUCUUCAUUGCUGCAAGAGGCUAAAGUUUUAGCUUCUUGCACGUAUGAAAAUAGCACAAAAUGGGGUAAAGAAGUUGGUUUCCUGUAUGAUACUGUGGUAGAAGAUUACUUCACAGGAUUGACAAUGCACUGCAAAUCCUGGAAAUCAGUUUAUCUUAACCCACCAAGGGCACAAUUCUUGGGCUCUGCAGCUACAAAUUUGGAUGACGCAUUGACUCAAUGCACAAGAUGGAUGACGGGGCUAGUUGGAGUUGGUAUCUCAAAAUUCUGCCCUCUCCUAUAUGGACCACCAAGAAUGUCUUUUCUUCAAAGCAUGUGCUAUGCAGAACUUGCUCUUUUCUCUCUUUUUCAAUCCUUCUCCCUAUGGUGUUUAGCAACUAUCCCUCAACUGUGCCUACUAAGUGGCGUCCCCUUGUACCCUGAGGUUUCAAAUCCAUGCUUUUUCAUUUUCAUAUUUGUUUUUACAUCUGCCAUUGCUAUACAUCUAUUCGAAGUCCUCUAUACCGGGGCCUCGUUCAGGACUAUGAUAAAUGAACAAAGAAUAUGGACCAUAAGGGCAGUUACAUGCUUUACAUAUGGAAGUCUAGAUGCUAUUAUGAAGACUCUCGGAUUAAGGGAGGCUAGUUUCUUGCCCACUAAUAAAGUGGAGGACGAUGAUCAAAUUAAGCUAUACGAGAUGGGCAAAUUUGAUUUCCAAGCUUCGACAAGAUUACUUGCUCCAUUAGCUACCCUAGCAAGCUUGAAUAUGGCAUCAUUUUUCGUGGGCAUAAUUAGAAUGAUUUUUGCAGGGGAUCUUGAUAAGUACCUUUUGCAAGUUCUCCUCUCAUUCUACAUCUUGGCCAUCAAUUACCCUAUAAUUGAAGGGAUGAUUAUAAGAAAAGACAAGGGUCGUAUUCCACCAUUUGUAACCCUGUUGUUUGCGAUGUUUACAAUUAUUCUAUUGGCUUUGGGAUCUGUCGUUUUUUAUUUAUAAAUUCGCCAACUGCUAAGUGUUGAAAACUAUAAAUAGUUUGAGAGAAUAAAUAUGGAGAUUUAUCUGGUCUUUAUUAAGACAAAGUCUGCUUGCAUAGACUAUUUUUGGAUAAAUUUUUAUUAUAACGCGAUGAAUAAGUGAGUGAUACCUGUAUAUUACUAUCUUGAUAUCGGAUAAUUAACAUAUAGUCAAUUAUUUAUUAUGUGAAACUUAUGGCGACAGAGGAACAAGCAAUUAUGGAAUGGGCAUCAUGCUCGCCUUGACAAAACAGUAUUUGCUGCGCUAGAAUUCUUGUGUGACUGGAUAAACGCGAAGCAAAGGUUUGUUCCCAGUAAGUAUACAAGUGAGGAUGCAUCUCAGGUGAUAAAAUAGAAAGCCCCUCCAACAGAAUUUCUGAAAUGCAAUGCACAAGGAAAAACUGGUGUUGGGAAAUCCUCAGAGACCAUUCAGGGACUUUUAUCUGAGGUGCCUCGAUUCUUAUGGAUGGUUAUCAAGUUCAAGAAGCAGAAGCAAUUGGGUUGCGAGAGGCUCUUUCAUGGAUUAUACGGCUCGGGUACUAAAGGGUCAUUUUUGAAUCUGACUCACAGGUUGUUGUUCAAGAUAUUCAGAAUAAAGCUUCAAUGUUUAAUGAAUUUGGCUCUUUGAUAGAAUCCUGUAUUUGCUUACUCUUAUAUGUUCCUUCUUUUUCUAUUGUUUUUGUUAAAAGACAGGCAAAUGAGAUUGCUCACAAAAUAGCUAGAGCGUCUCUGGUUCAUGAUGGGUUUAUGUCUUGGUCUGAACCUCCAACUCUAAGUUUUGUUUUGGCAGUCUGGGUCCUUAUACUUUUAGAUUUAUUUAGUUUAGUCUCUGACAAUUGUAUUUAAUGAAUCCCAUACUUUUAUUUUUAUCA